GGGGGCUUCGGAACGAAAGCGUCCCAACUGGCUAGGGGGGAAUGUCAUGGGGCAGUGCCUCCCCCCAUUCGCUCGGUCCCCCUGGGUGCGCUCUCUCUUUUUUUCUCUCCCCCUCAAGAAGCAAUAUGAGCUGCGGCCCAGACCUGCGUCAGCGCAGUGCGGCCAUCAAUUGUGACACCUCCCCCGACGCACCAUCAUACAGCUCGUCGAAGCCAGAGGGCGCUUCCAUGGCCCAGAUGUAGAGCAGCAUCUGUCAUGGCCUGUGGCCACGAUGGUGCCCGCCGACCGCAUGCGUCCAUGCUGCCCUGUGGGAUUUCUUACGCCGUAGGGCAGUCUGUCUCAUGUGCCGAGGAGGUGCCCAGCGCUCACCUGAACAUUAUCUGAUAAUGAUAUGACCUACGUUCUUCCUCUACGAAGGGACAGUCCGAUGGUGCUAGAUUUGAACCACAUGCCCCAAACAUCCUAAUUAUAGUUUGGUCAAGCCCUCGUAAUGCUCAUUACGCGCUGUCAGUGUUGCAUCCGCCUGGAGACAUUGCGUAUCCUGGUUUCCCACGGACGCAGGUGAUAUUUUAGCAGCAAGGUAGCAGUUGCACAUCACUCCCCAUGGCACCACUGGCUCAAGACGCCAUCGGUCUUGACAGCGUUAGGGCAGCCCCAUCCUUGGUCAUGUGCGUAGUGCUUCCGAUGUUGGAAUGCCCACCCACCCCUGAUAAUGGCAGUAGUGGUCUGUCCCUCGCCUUUAUACUUCCCUGGAUAGCGCUCCGCCGAAGGCUGCCGCUUGCCGAGGUCCGUGAAGCAAGAUACCCGGCACAUGGCGCAGGGUCUCGCAAGGCUUUGAGCUCGUGGGCGCGCUGGCGGGACGCUGCCUCGCGGAGAGGAUCCCAGGUGCUGGACGAGCCUGCCUCGGCUGCUCAACUGGCGAGUUACCAGCUCCAUCGUACGCGUUGCGAUCAGGUCUAUUCGGUACUCGACACGGUUGCUGCAGCUGAGCAGCGAAAGAUUGCGUCGUUGAAGCGGAACCUGAAUGUCUUAUUGGGGUUACGACACCUUCAUUCAUGGCAUGUUCUGCAAGACUUCAAGUCGUUGAAGCUGGCGCUCCGAAAGAUAAGUGAUAAUGCCAGAAGCGCUCGUUUGGGCACGUCCAGUCCAGAGGCUUUGGCCACGAGUUCCAGCCGAGAAGCUUUACAGGAAUCGCUGGCAGGCGUGUCGCAGUCUUCGAAGGAUGCGUGGAGGGGCAUGCGCACGCCACGGCGAGUCGCAGACAGUCCGGUCAUUACCGUGGACUGCGAGUCGAAUAGGACUGGGAUCAUCGGGGAGUACCACUACAAGUGGCACGGUUCGUUGAGAGUACCAUCCAGGGGGCUCACUUCUACCUCUGCCCCCUGAAAGCGGGCCAGAGCGAUGCACAUCUUGAGGCACAAGUCCAAGCUGUCCCAGUGCUGGUCGGACCAAGAGUCCCGAUUGUGUCAAUGUACAGCCCCGAACGCGGUUAGGCGAUUGACUUGGCGAUUGCAGACCGCGGUUCAAACAGUGUGUCG